UCGAGGAUUUGCUGCACCAGAUCAGCCAGCGAGAGCGACCUGUUCUGCGGGGACACUGGAGUGGGACCCUCGGCAUGAAGCACUUCUCCUGUGAGCCCCUGGCAGCCCUCGCUGUGCUCCUCCUCACCGCUGCCCUCUGGGAUUCCUGCUCAGCAGCAGCUGAAGACAUCUCCAAUGUUUCAACAACUGAGUAUGAACCACCAUGUCUUAACGUGAACUUCUGCAGGCAGGCGGCCACGUGCUGCCCUUCGGGCAUGGAUGACUACGGCUGGAUCGCAGCGGCCGUCGGCUGGAGCCUCUGGUUUCUGACCCUCAUCCUGCUCUGCAUGGACAAGAUCAUGAAACUCCGGCCUGAUGAACCCAAAUAUUUGGUGGCCUGAAGCACAGCAAGCCAGCAAGCAGCAGCACCGGGGAGCAGUGAGGUGCAGGCAGACUGACAAAGCAUUUCAAACACUUGCUAAGAAACAAAAAAAGGGAAAACAUCUUCAGCCAAAAAAGGCGAGACCUAAGCAGGGCAGCUACUGGGGCUUCACCCUCUCUGGCAGGCUGGAGCUGCCAGCCAAGGUAUGGAGCAGGCAAGUCCCUGCAAGCCACCACCUAUGUGCCACAGCACAAAAAACCACACUUUUCCCUGAGCCCUCUCAUCCUUGCCGUGAGCACAGCAGCAGGAGGAGAGGCUGAGGGACCACUUACCAGCCUAUAGCACAUUGCCUCGAGACAACCUGGUGCAUGACCUUUGGGUUUGACACAGAAACUGGGAAAAUAAAGCUAUUUUCUGGAGCAUCAACAUUAUCAGAGUCGUUACUAAGCUAUAGGCCAGGUUACAUCAGUAAGUGGAAGUAAUUUAUUGACUUUACUGACUCCUUCUCACUCACUAACCUGCAAUAUUUAAAAGUCUAUUAACUGAUACAUGAGAAAACUUUUUAAUGGAAAUUCCGGGAUUUUGGGCUGAAAGUGAAACUAAUUUUUCCAGAGCCAUUUAGAUGUGAACUGUGUUGCAGGAAUUGAAUGUUGGUUGUAUUUAUUCAGCUUCCACCUGCCCGAGAAACUAAGCCAAGCUGAACUGUGGCAAGCGGAUUUUAAAAACCAGAAUAUCCAAUUCAUGCUCCAAACUGUUCCUAUUUAUAUGAGAUGAUAAUAAACACUUACUGAU